AUGGCGGCCGAGGAGCUGGCCCUGAGCAUGCAGAAGAUGGAGAGACAGGAGAGGGGCCAGUGGGCCGCGGGGAGGAUCGGGGACAUAGACUUCACUGGAGCCAGCCGCACCAGGGGCAAGUUUGUGAGGGUGCGCAGCUCCACGGAUCCGGCCCAGAUCUACGAGAUGCUGACAGAGCAGUGGGGCCUUUCCCCUCCUCACCUGGUGGUGGCGCUAGUGGGUGGAGACGAGGUGGCACAGAUGAAGCCUUGGCUAAGAGACACUGUGAGGAAAGGCUUGGUCAAGGCUGCCCAAAGUACAGGUGCCUGGAUCCUAACCAGUGGGCUGCGUUUCGGCAUCACCAAGCACCUGGGCCAGGCGGUGAGGGACCACUCUCUGGCCAGCACCUCCUCCAAGGUGCGCGUGGUGGCCAUUGGCAUCGCACCCUGGACCAUGAUCCACAACAGGGACAUGCUGCUCACCGCCAGGCCGGAUCAGCCGGCCCCCUACCCCAGCGAGGACCUGCCCCACGGGGCCUCCUAUUCUCUAGAUUGCAACCACUCGCACUUCGUCCUGGUGGAGGAGGACCCCCAGAGGCCAGGCAGCACCAGCGAGAUGAGGGUCAAGCUCCUCAAACACAUCUCCCUGCAGCGCACAGGAUAUGGGGGCACUGGCAGCUUUGAGAUUCCGGUGCUGUGUUUGCUGGUUCACGGAGAACCAAGGAUUCUUCAGCGAAUGAUCAAGGGCAUUCUGAACUCCACGCCCUGGCUGAUCCUGGCGGGGUCAGGGGGCGUGGCGGAUAUCCUGGUGACCCUGAUCAAUAGAGGAUGCUGGGAUGCCGACGUGGUGCAGGAGGCCCUCCAGGAGACCUUCCCCAGCGGACACCACAGCACCGACAUCAACUCCUACGUCAAACUGAUUCAGAAGAUCCUGGACCAUGGCCACCUGUUAACCGUGCAUGACCCGGAGCAGGAGACCUCGGAGUUAGACACGGUCAUCCUCAAGGCCUUGGUGAAGGCCUGCAAAAGCCAAAGUCAGGAAGCCCAGGACUUCCUGGAUGAGUUGAAGUUAGCCGUGGCGUGGAACCGAGUAGACAUCGCCAAAAGUGAAAUCUUUAACGGAGAUGUGGAAUGGAGGGCCUGUGAUCUCGAGGAGGUGAUGAUGGACGCGCUGGUGAACGACAAGCCGGACUUCGUGCGCCUGUUUGUGGACAACGGGGUGAACCUGGGGGAGUUCCUGACGUACGGGCGGCUGCAGGAGCUGUACUGCUCCGUCUCGGAGAAGAGCCUCGUCCACUUCCUGCUGCUCAAGAAGCUCCAGGAGAAGCAGCUGCUGCUGGCCUCGGCCCGCGUGGCCGGCCCCCCGCACGCGGGCCCCACGCCGGGGGACAAGCGCGCCCGCUUCACCCUGCACGAGGUCUCCAAGGUCCUGAAGGACUUCCUGCACGACUCCUGCAAGGGCUUCUAUCAGAAGCAGAUGCAAGCGGAGAAGGGGAGCAAGAGCCGCCUCUUCCAGAGUCACAAGAACCUUCCGGAUAUGGAGCAGCGCUGCGAGAACCCCUGGAGAGAUCUGUUUCUCUGGGCCAUCCUGCAGAACCGCCAGCAGAUGGCCAAUUACUUCUGGGCCAUGGGGCCCGAGGCGGUGGCGGCGGCCCUGGCAGGCUGUAAGAUCAUGAAGGAGAUGGCUCAUCUGGAGUCAGAGGCAGAGUCAGCACGCAGCAUGAAGGAGGCCAAAUAUGAGCAGUUUGCACUGGAUCUCUUCAGUGAGUGCUACUCCAACAGCGAGGAUCGUGCCUAUGCUCUGCUGGUCAGGAAGACGCAGUGCUGGAGCAAGGCCACCGUGCUGACGCUGGCCACCGAGGCAGACGCCAAGUGCUUCUUCGCUCACGAUGGUGUACAGGCCCUGCUGACGAAGAUCUGGUGGGGGGCAAUGACCACGGACACGGCCAUCUCCCGCCUCGUGCUCUGCUUCUUCUGUCCUCCACUCAUCUGGACCAACCUCAUCAAGUUCAGUGAUGAGGAGUUGGAGAGCCGAGGGCGCGGAGAGCAGUUUGCUGAGCUGGACAGUCUGGACACAGAGAAGGCCCUGCUGCUUACUGACGAGGACCCGCUUGGCUCCGAGGCGGUGGGCAACGCGGGCGGCGCGGAGAGCAAGAGCAGCGGCGGCGGCGCGGCGUGGAGCCGUUUCCUGCUGCGGCGCUGGCGUCGGUUCUGGAGCGCGCCGGUCACGGUGUUCCUGGGCAACGUCAUCAUGUACUUCGCCUUCCUCUUCCUCUUCACCUACGUGCUGCUGCUGGACUUCCAGCCCCCGCCCCCGCUCGGGCCCUCCGCCGCCGAGAUCAUGCUCUACUUCUGGGUCUUCACGCUGGUGCUGGAGGAGCUCAGACAGAGUUUCUUCACGGAUGAGGACAUCAACAUCCUGAAGAAGUUGAAGCUGUAUGUGGAGGAUAACUGGAAUAAGUGUGACAUGGUGGCCAUCUGUCUGUUUGUGGUGGGCCUGUCCUGCAGGAUGGUGGAGAGCACAUACGAGGCUGGACGCACGGUCAUGGCGCUGGACUUCAUGGUCUUCACUCUGAGACUCAUUCAUAUCUUUGCCAUCCACAAGCAGCUGGGACCCAAGAUCAUCAUCGUGGAGAGAAUGAUGAAAGACGUCUUCUUCUUCCUCUUCUUCCUGAGUGUGUGGCUGAUCGCCUACGGCGUGACCACGCAGGCUCUCCUGCACCCCAACGACCCGCGUCUGGACUGGGUCUUCAGGCGCGCCCUCUACCGGCCCUACCUCCACAUCUUUGGCCAGAUACCUCUGGAGGAGAUAGAUGCUGCGCGUAUGCCAGAUAUGAACUGCACCAUGGAGCUCCAUGAGAUCAUCCAGGGCACCCUGCCGCCGUGCCCCAACAUCUACGCCAACUGGCUGGUCAUCCUGCUGCUCGUCAUCUACCUGCUGGUCACCAACGUGCUGCUGCUCAACCUGCUCAUCGCCAUGUUCAGCUACACCUUCCAGAUGGUGCAGGACAAGACGGACAUCUUCUGGAAGUUCCAGCGCUACAACCUGAUCGUGGAGUACCACAGCCGGCCCGCCCUGGCCCCGCCCUUCAUCAUCAUCAGCCACCUAUCACAGCUCUUCCUCAGCCUCGUCAAGAAGGGAGAAUCCAAGCUCGAGCACCUGGAGCGAGAGCUGCCCCCAGUGCUGGACCAGAAGCUGAUGACGUGGGAGACGGUGCAGAAGGAGAACUACCUGGCCCGGCUGGAGAGACAACACUGGGAGAGCAGCGAGGAGAGACUCAAGAACACCUCCUCCAAAGUGCAGAGUGUGCUGAAGACUGUUGAAGGAUUCAAAGAGCAGUUCAAACGUCUCUCCUCUAUGGAAGCCCAGGUGAAAUACUGGAUUGCUGACUGUUUUGCUCAGACUGCCUCUAAAUUGGACAGAGACCCAGCUAAGGAGCCACGUCCUAAGGCUACUGGCAGCAGCUCAGCACAGCUGCAACAGAGUCAAGCUACUAAACAAGAGCACGGCGGGUACGGAGCAAACAAGAAGUUUCCGUACAUCGACGAGUGACAAGGAGCCACUGUGUGAAGUCCAGUUUACUGGAUGGUAAUUCAAGUGCAAUUUGAUAUACAGCACACGUGCAAAAUUGGUGGUGGAAGUGCAAAAUUUGGUACUAGAGAGAGAGAAUGUUGGAGAUUCAUAGCAUUUGAACACAGAGAUUUACAGUGCAUUAAUGAAAAUCAACAUUGUACUGUCUAUCGGCCCUGUUUAAGCAUUGUGGACAAUAGGGUGCUUGUGAAUCUGAUACCAAUGAACUUUCUCAAUAAAUAUUGUGAUAUUUU